GCCGGAGGCUGGCGUCCCGCCCCGAAAGCUUUCAGCCCGCCGCGCCGCGCCGUUCUCUUUUCUUUCCUUCUCCCUCCCCUUUUCCCUUCCUUCGUCCCUUCCUUCCUUCCUUCCUUCCGCGGGGCGCGAUGGAGCCUGGGCGCCGGGGGACCGCGGCGCUGCUGGCGCUGCUGUGCGUGGGCUGCGCGCUGCGCGCCGGGCGCGCCCAGUACGAGCGCUACAGCUUCCGCAGCUUCCCACGGGACGAGCUGAUGCCGCUGGAGUCGGCCUACCGGCACGCGCUGGACAAGUACAGCGGCGAGCACUGGGCGGAGAGCGUGGGCUACCUGGAGAUCAGCCUGCGGCUGCACCGCCUGUUGCGCGACAGCGAGGCCUUCUGCCACCGCAACUGCAGCGCCGCGCAGCGGCUCGAGCCCGCCGCCGACCUCGCCAGCUAUCCCGAGCUGCGCCUCUUCGGGGGCCUGCUGCGCCGGGCGCACUGCCUUAAGCGCUGCAAGCAGGGCCUACCCGCCUUCCGCCAGUCCCAGCCCAGCCGCGAGGUGCUGGCGGACUUCCAGCGCCGCGAGCCCUACAAAUUCCUGCAGUUCGCCUACUUCAAGGCAAAUAAUCUUCCAAAAGCCAUCGCAGCUGCUCACACCUUCCUACUGAAGCAUCCUGAUGACGAAAUGAUGAAGAGGAACAUGGCGUAUUAUAAGAGCCUGCCUGGUGCUGAGGACUACAUUAAAGACCUGGAAACCAAGUCGUAUGAGAGCCUGUUUAUCCGAGCAGUGCGGGCGUACAACGGUGAGAACUGGAGAACGUCCAUCACAGACAUGGAGCUGGCCCUUCCCGACUUCUUCAAGGCCUUUUACGAGUGUCUCGCAGCCUGCGAGGGUUCCAGGGAGAUCAAGGACUUCAAGGACUUCUACCUUUCCAUAGCAGAUCAUUAUAUAGAAGUUCUGGAAUGCAAAAUACAGUGUGAAGAGAACCUCACCCCAGUUAUAGGAGGCUAUCCAGUCGAGAAAUUUGUGGCUACCAUGUAUCAUUACUUGCAGUUUGCCUAUUAUAAGUUGAACGACCUGAAGAACGCAGCACUCUGUGCAGUCAGCUACCUGCUCUUUGAUCAGAAUGACAAGGUCAUGCAGCAGAACCUGGUGUAUUACCAGUACCACAGGGAUGCUUGGGGCCUCUCAGAUGAGCACUUCCAGCCCAGACCAGAAGCAGUUCAGUUCUUCAACGUGACUACACUCCAGAAGGAGCUGUAUGACUUCGCUAAGGAAAAUAUAAUGGAUGAUGAUGAGGGAGAAGUUGUGGAAUAUGUGGACGAUCUCUUGGAACUGGAGGAGACCAGCUAGCCCACAGCAGCCGAAGAGACUUUCUCGCGACAUUCAGGAAACACAGAUUCUUUGUCCUUUCCCCAACAGCCGAGGUUGUUGAUACCUCAGAGCCUUCCCUUUACUCUCCGAAGUGAGAGGGAAGCCCCCAUCUCUCUCACUACAUGUCACCGGGGUGAGCCUGCCUUUCCCGUCUUCACACCUGACACCUCGUGUUCACACCCAUCUUUCUCACCUUUUAUUUUUUUUUUGAGAUGGAGUCUUGCUGUGUUGCCCAGGCUGGAGUGCAAUGGUGCGAUCUCAUCUCACUGCAACCUCUGCCUCCCAGGUUCAAGCGCUUCUCCUGCCUAGCCUCCCAGGUAUCUGGGAUUACGGGCGCCCACCAUCAUGCCUGGCUAUUUGUAUUUUUAGUAGAGACGGGGUUUUGCCAUGUUGGCCAGGCUGGUUUCGAACUCUUGACCCAGGUGCUCCACCUGCCUUGGCCUCCCACAGUGCUGGGAUUAUAGGCGUGAGCCACAGUGCCUGCCUCUUUCUCACCUGUACACCUGUCUUAUCCUCACGUCUGUUUUUACUCCUUCACCCCUGUCUUCCUCAUGUUCACGCUUGUCUUUCCCAUGCUCAUACCUGCCUUUCUCACCAUUUUGGUUUGAAGGACAGUCUUUUCUGACUUUUCUUUUUUUUUUUCCCCAGAAAAUCAGUAUUAUUUUUUAAAUAAGAAAAAAUUCCUAAAAGAUGA